AAUGAAAGAAAGGCGCCCUGAAUAGCAAAGAAGUGGGGGCUUAGGAAAAUGCCUGAUUUGGGUAACCAAAAGCACUCAGCGACUGUCUUUAUUUAUGAUCACCUUUAAGCUUUAAUAUGCCUUUAGUUUAUACCCGUCUCUGCAAAACAAGAGAUUUAAUGGCAGCGGCCUUUAGAGGCCUGUUUUGGAUCAGGCUCUGGAGUGGACGCCCCUAGCUGAGGGGUCCUCUGGGCAGCCAGAGACCUACAGAAGAUGGGAACCAUGGCUGUUGGGAAAGGCCCUUGGCUUGUUCCUGCGUUUGGGCUGCGGCUGCUGUUGGCGACUGCGCUUCAAGCGUUGUCUGCUCUUGGGGCAGAGUUUUCAUCUGAGGCAUGCAGAGAGUUAGGCUUCUCCAGCAACUUGCUCUGCAGCUCUUGUGAUCUUCUUGGACAGUUCAACCUGCUUCAGCUGGAUCCUGACUGCAGAGGAUGCUGUCAGGAAGAAGCACAAUUGGAAACUAAAAAGCUAUAUGCAGGAGCUAUUCUUGAAGUCUGUGGAUGAAAAUUGGGAAGGUUCCCUCAAGUCCAAGCUUUUGUCAGGAGUGAUAAACCUAAACUAUUCAGAGGACUACAAAUCAAGUAUGUUCGUGGUUCAGACCCUGUGUUAAAGCUUUUGGACGAUAAUGGGAACAUUGCUGAAGAGCUGAGCAUCCUCAAGUGGAACACAGACAGCGUGGAAGAGUUCCUGAGCGAGAAGUUGGAGCGCUUAUAAAUCUUGCUUAAAUUUGUCCUUUUUGUUUCCUUAUCAAAUGAAAUAUUACAGCACCUAGGAAAUAAUUUAGUUUUGCUUGCUUCCAUUGAUCAACCUUUUACUGUGAGGCAUUAAACAUCUAAUUAGAUCUUGAAGUGGCAGCAUAGCCCAGGAUAUCUAAGGAGUUGGCAAGCUUAACAAAACCCAUCUUUUAUAAAUUUCCAUCUUCCUGCAUUUGUUGAUACCACUAACGAAAUGCUUUGUAACAGACUGUGGUUAAUUAUGCAAAUGAUAGUUUCUGAUAAUUGGUCCAGUUUUACAAAUAACAGAUUUUUCAAUUAGGGAGGUUAAUAAGAUAGAUGAUUACUAUGCUUCAUGUGCUGUGUGCUCUUUGAAAGUCAUAACAGAAAACUACAAAGCAAAUGAGAUAUACCGAGCCUCAACAGAUUCCCUGCUCCUCAGAUGCCUCAUAUUUUUCUAUUACCCAGCCUUCAUUUUAAUAGAAAUUUUGUUUAUAGUUAAUAAUGAAUGCCCUGCAUGAAAACUUUGUAGCUUCAUUAUUGUGAAACAUUCACAAAGAUUUGCAUUAAUGAAGACUACACAGAAAACCUUUCAAAGGAUUUGUGUGGAUCUGAUAUUUGGCAAAUUUUUGAGUUUUAUAUUCUUACAGAAAACUUCAUUUUAAAAUCAUCAUUUGUAAGACCAAAAUAUAAAUAAAAAGUUUCAAACAUCUA